AAUAUCUGUCGAAUAUCCAACCUGAAUCUGAUUUGACCUCGGUUCAGAGGAGUGGGUAGCAGAUAUUGCCAAUGGCUACAUAAAAAACGAACUAUCCACACUCAAUAAUCUUUCUUAAAAGCUAAGGAGUCGCAGAAUGUUGUUAGCCAGCUAACGAUAUUGUUGCAUUGCUUGUCAACUUUGUUGGGUCCUCGAGGAAUUACUGUCACGCUAGCCAGCGCUUCAACUGCAAACGUUAGCUUCUAGUAGUGUGAGCCAAACCCUACUUAAGAGUCAUUUAUCUCUGGUCAGGACCCAGUGGUCAGUAUCCUUGCUAGCCGUGAGGGAUGAGCCAUGGGCCGGAAAGUCGUGGGAUCCAUGUGGACCAGUCAGAGCUGUUGUGUAGGAAGGGAUGUGGUUUCUAUGGCAAUGUGGCCUGGCAGGGCCUCUGCUCCAAGUGCUGGCGGGAGGAGUACCAACAAACCAGACACAAACAGAUCCAGGAGGACCAUGCUCUGGCAGAGAGGUUACAGAUGGAGGAUGAGGCAGCAUAUGCUAACAACCACCAGGGGGCAGCCCAGUCCCAGCCUGCCAUCGCACCCUUCAGCAAAUUUGAAGAGAGGAAAACUAAGGAGAAGUCACGGAAAGUCAACACAGUGACUAAGUUUUUCACUCCCUCAGCAAAGACACCACCCAAGAAAGACUCUGUCCCUGGCGAGGCCCAGUCGACCCCCAGCCCCUCAGUGAGCCGCAAGCCCUUAGAGACGGACCGCACCACACGAGAGUUCAUCGACUUCCUCAAGACACUGAAACCUGGCAGGGAGAUCUUCAAACAGUGCCGGGCCUUCACAGAGAGCAUGGCCUGCAAGAGGGACCUGGGUGCUGAUGAGCUGUCUGAGUGUGUUCAGGACUUCUACCAGAACCUGUCAGACCGCCUGCAAACACACUACAAAGGGUCGUCGGAGCGCGUGGAGAGUGUGAUGGACGAGGUAGAGAGGUACAUGAUGACACGUCUCUACGAUGAGGUCUUUUGUCCUGAGACCACAGACGAUGAGAAGAAAGACCUGGCUGUUCAGAAGAGAAUCAGUGUGUGUGUGGGUUGCAGGGCCUUGCAUUGGGUCACCAUUGAGAUGCUGUGUGUCCCUGUGGAUGAGGAGAUUCCUGAGGUGUCUGAUAAUGUGGUCAAAGCCAUCACAGACGUGAUAGAGAUGGACUCGAAGCGUGUGCCCAGGGACAAGCUGACCUGCAUCACGCGCUGCAGUAAGCACAUAUUCAAUGCCAUCAAUACCACCAAGAAGGAGGCAGCAUCUGCUGAUGACUUCUUGCCCACCCUCAUCUACAUCAUCCUGAAGGCCAACCCUCCACGACUGCAGUCCAACAUUCAGUACAUCACCCGCUUCUGUAACCCUAGCCGCCUCAUGAGCGGAGAGGACGGAUACUACUUUACCAACCUGUGCUGUGCGGUGGCCUUCAUAGAGAAGCUGGAUGGCCAGUCUCUGAACCUAAGCGCUGAGGUGUUUGAGCUCCACAUGUCAGGCCAGGCGUCCCCCCAGCGGCCCCAGGCUGCUCCCUCCCCCCCAGGCAGUGCUGCUUUCAGCGAGAUGAACGAGCGUCUGGACCUGCUGACGGGGCUGGGCGUGAGGCAGGAACGCGUCGUGGAGGGAGCUCGCCGCCUGGAGGAUGACCUCAUCGACUGGAGGGACGAGGUGGAGCACAAAGUGCAGGAUGUGUUGGAGAGGUUCCCCCUGGAAAUGCACCCCCCCGCCUCUUCUGCCAUAGACGCUGACAACGUGGAGAACGACCUCCUGCCUCCUCCUCUCCAGCCGCAGUUGUUUGCCGGCUGACCCCCAGUACCCUGACCCUCCUGUUCUAAUGCACAUAUAGGUUCCCUGUAAUGGAUCCAAGAAGUGUAACUCCAACCCUCCCCAUUGUAUGCAUCCUUAAAAUAGAUGCUUGCAGUUGCCCAGUACUCUUAAAUAGACUACUUUCUUGGUCGGUCUUCAGCACUGAUUAGUAAGAGUACCAGAUAGGUUGCAGGCAUAUUGCCUUCAUCGAUGGUCAUGAAGGAAAGGAGAUAAGGAACGGAAGCCUUUUAAGACUGUUGGGACACAGACCAUUGAUUUUAUCCCCUGUAUUACUCCUGACUGAUUCCAAGUCUGAGUACAGAAGCCCUGGUGAGAGGCAUCUGUUAGGAUCAUGUGUAUGUAACCACAACCAAAUUUCCCCUGAAUAUGUCUAUAAAUAUGUGUGUGUGUAUAUAUACAGUGGGGCAAAAAAGUAUUUAGUCAGCCACCAAUUGUGCAAGUUCUCCCACUUAAAAAGAUGAGAGUUCUGUAAUUGUAGGUACACUUCAACUAUGACAGACAAAAUGAGAAGAAAAAAAAUCCAGAAAAUCACAUUUUUUAUGAAUUUAUUUGCAAAUUAGGGUGGAAAAUAAGUAUUUGGUCACCUACAAACAAGCAAGAUUUCUGGCUCUCACAGACCUGUAACUUCUUCUUUAAGAGGCUCCUCUGUCCUCCACUCGUUACCUGUAUUAAUGGCACCUGUUUGAACUUGUUAUCAGUAUAAAAGACACCUGUCCACAACCUCAAACAGUCACACUCCAAACUCCACUAUGGCCAAGACCAAAGAGCUGUCAAAGGACACCAGAAACAAAAUUGUAGACCUGCACCAGGCUGGGAAGACUGAAUCUGCAAUAGGUAAGCAGCUUGGUUUGAAGAAAUCAACUGUGGGAGCAAUUAUUAGGAAAUGGAAGACAUACAAGACCACUGAUAAUCUCCCUCGAUCUGGGGCUCCACGCAAGAUCUCACCCCGUGGGGUCAAAAUGAUCACAAGAACGGUGAGCAAAAAUCCCAGAACCACACGGGGGGACCUAGUGAAUGACCUGCAGAGAGCUGGGACCAAAGUAACAAAGCCUACCAUCGGUAACACACUACGCCGCCAGGGACUCAAAUCCUGCAGUUCCAGACAUGUCCAGGCCAGUACAUGUCCAGGCCCGUCUGAAGUUUGCUAGAGAGCAUUUGGAUGAUCCAGAAGAAGAUUGGGAGAAUGUCAUAUGGUCAGAUGAAACCAAAAUAUAACAUUUGGUAAAAACUCAACUCUUCAUGUUUGGAGGACAAAGAAUGCUGAGUUGCAUCCAAAGAACACCAUGCCUACUGUGAAGCAUGGGGGUGGAAACCUCAUGCUUUGGGGCUGUUUUUCUGCAAAGGGACCAGGACGACUGAUCUGUGUAAAGGAAAGAAUAAAUGGGGCCGUGUAUCGUGAGAUUUUUAGUGAAAACCUCCUUCCAUCAGCAAGGGCAUUGAAGAUGAAACGUGGCUGGGUCUUUCAGCAUGACAAUGAUCCCAAACACACCACCCGGGCAACGAAGGAGUGGCUUCGUAAGAAGCAUUUCAAAGUCCUGGAGUGGCCUAGCCAGUCUCCAGAUCUCAACCCCAUAGAAAAUCUUUGGAGGGAGUUGAAAGUCCAUGUUGCCCAGCAAAAAGCCCCAAAACAUCACUGCUCUAGAGGAGAUCUGCAUGGAGGAAUGGGCCAAAAUACCAGCAACAGUGUGUGAAAACCUUGUGAAGACUUACAGAAAACAUUUGACCUGUGUCAUUGCCAACAAAGGGUAUAUAACAAAGUAUUGAGAAACUUUUGUUAUUCACCAAAUACUUAUUUUCCACCAUAAUUUGCAAAUAAAUUCAUAAAAAAUCCUACAAUGUGAUUUUCUGGCUUUUUUUUCUAAUUUUGUCUGUCAUAGUUGAAGUGUACCUUGUCGGAACUAGAAGCACAAGCAUUUCGCUACACUCGCAUUAACAUCUGCUAACCAUGUGUAUGUGACAAAUAAAAUUUGAUUUGAUGAAAAUUACAAAAUUGCUCAAUUGGUGACUGACAAUACUUUUUUGCCCCACUGUAUAUAUAUAAAUGCCAAACCUGUUCAGUCAUGCACUCAGUUUAGAGAAGUGAUUUUUAUUUUUUUAUUGUGUGGAUAUUAAUUAUUGGAUGCAAUAAAGACACAAUUCUUGUAAAGUUUACAUUACCAGUCAUUCUAAAUCCUAUACAAUAGUCUUGCGUAGAGAAUAAUUACAUGAGUAAUUGUAUUAUUUGUUUCAACAUUUUCCAGGUUUGUUUGAGGCAUUCAGACUACAGUCUUCUGAGAGGGGAUAAGGAUGUUUAGACUAUUCAAAUGGCUAAAUUAAUAUCAUAGUUCAAUUGUUUUAUAUAUAUAAGAAAUGAUUUUCAGUUCAGAGUUUAGAAGAUACUAAAAGUCCCUACACUCUUGUUUGACUGCUGAACAGCUGCUUCGUCAGAAGAAAGUCUUCCGUUUCUCAGUCGUCAUAUUUAGUAUGGUUUCAUCUAAGUGCUUUAAUUUACAGUGGUGUAUUUUAUUUGUACAAAUAUUUUGUGGGUAAAUGUUGCCAAACAGAAUAGUCAUAACAAUGUUGAUCUCAGCUCCAUGUAGUAACCAUUCAUUCAGGGUUAGAUGGAUAUAUGAAGGAACAGUAGGCAUUGCGUUGGAAGAGUAGUGUCUUUGAUGCAACAGAAAGUACAUUUACAUACUACCUAUAUAUUUGAUCUUUUUUUUACAUUUUAUCAUGUUUAAUUUGAUCACAUUUGUAACUAUCAGAUACAAAUGCUCGCCAAAACCUGGAAGCUAAAAUCCCAUUCAAUCCAAUUUAAGCACUAACUGAAAUAACUAGGCGUUGGAUAGCACACAAUCAAUGAUCAGGUAUUUUUGAAAAAGCAAUGUAAAAAAAAAUAUCUGUACAACCAUAGUUUUGUUUUUGUAUGGAGUAGCUAAAUAUUGUCUUGUAUUUAAAUGUAACUUAUUGAGACAGUGUUGUUUUUUAGUGUCCAUGGGUUUGUUGUGUUGAUGAAUAAAAUAACUCAAAAGCC